UAUUAAUUAUUAAUUUUUGUAUUAAUUUUUAUUGUCUUAUUAAUUUUUUAUUAUUUAUUGAUUAUUGUUUUAUUAUUAAUGAUUAAUUGUUGUUUAUUUAUAGGUUUAGGGUGUAAUAUAAUUUUUUUUUUUCAGUCUUCCAAAGUUCCACGACUUUUACUGCCAGUGUCUGAACAUUACACUGGUCGUGUUACUUGGCGGGGCGGUAGUUACUAUUACCCCAAAGUAAAAGCCAAGUUUGUACAAAUGCAGUUGUUGGAAAGGGUGAAGGAGGAAUCCCCUUUCAACAAUUUUUUUGAGAGAGAGCCAUUAGCGUUUUCAGGUGCUCUUAUCCAUCAGCUCUUCAUGCAUAAGAUAAAAUCAGAUAAAGAUGAUGAGGUGCAUUUUUAUAUUGCAAAGAAGAGAUGCCGAUUCGGCCGAACUGAGUUUGCCUUGGUGACUGGGCUUAAUUUGUUACGUGGACCGACUGAGGCUGAGGUUUCGGAGAGGGCGACGUCAGACCGUUUGAUAGUAGAAUAUUUUAAUGGGGAUCCAUCUAUCAGCAUUGGUCGUCUGCGCAGCGUCUUUGAGAGUUGCACUGAGAAGGAUGAUUGUUACAAGUUGGGUUUGGUGCUGUUCGUGAUGGGUGUUCUGACUGGGAAAGAAGAGAAGAACCUGGUUCCCCCAUUUAUCAUUAGAAUGGUUGAGGACCUCCCUUUUUUCUACAAUUACCCGUGGGGGAAAAUUUCUUUCAACUUGUUGAAAGAUACUUGGAGUAAGGACUUUGUACAAAAGAAAAAGCAUAUGGAUGAGAAGAUUGUGAAGGGAACGACUCAGAAGGAGUCAAAGUAUUCGGCCUAUGGAUAUGCUGUAGCAUUGCAGUAUUGGGCUUAUGAGUCCAUCCUCGAGCUUGCUGAGAAAUUUGCAAUCAGAAGAUCGCAUCGCUUUCCCCGAAUGGUGAACUGGGAGAGUAAGGAUGCCCCACUCGGGAAAGAGGAAGUCAUCAGAUUAUUUGCAAAAAAAUUGACAGUGUACUCCGUUUUAUGUCCGCGGAGUAAUGAGGCCGAGUUUUUGAGCCACGUCACUGGAGGUGAGGCGCCUCUAUUUGUGGAUAUGGAAGAAUUGGUUAUUGGCGAUGAUGGCCAGCCUACUCAGGAUAGUUUGCGCAGCCAAGCUUCAAAGCUUGCACUCACGCUAGAACAGCGAGCGGAGGAAGCUGGAAUCUUCAGAGAUGAUACACCACCACAUUCUCCACCAUCAGGGGCCCGUUCUGUUCCACCGUCUGCCUCAAUGCCCGAUUCUGCAUCUAUGCCGCAGUCAGCAUCUAUUCCCAGCACCUCACAGCCUCAGGUGCCAAUAUCUUCUGCCAUAUUGGCAAGAUUGGAGCGUGUUGAAAAGGAACAGCUUGCUUUGAAGCAAGGCCAGACUGAUAUUUUGAAAGGGCAGAAUGAGAUAAUGGGUUACUUGAAGACCCUAUUGGCUCUUAUGGGAGAUCAGAGAAGGCCCAGCGCAGAGGCAGAGCCACAGCCAGACGCCGUGUCUCCAGGAGAUGAGUUCAUUCUUCCGAAUGAUUACAGACCUAAUGAUGAGGAAGAUGUACUCCGGACACCUCAGAACAUGUCGGUCACGUCCAUUGGAGAUACCCAAGAUUCAGAGGUUCAGGUUUUAGAGACCGUUCCAACACCGGUGGAGAAGAGAACGAAGAAAAGGCCAAGGUGGUUUGACGAGUACACCGAAAUGAAGAAGAAGAUGAAGCCAUCAACAACCAAUGUGAAUGUUGACCCACUUCGGCCCGUUGAUGAGAAGCUACUACAUAGUUUUCGAAAUUGGUUAGUGGGAACCAUCGGAAACAAGUAUCCGAGGGACGUCUUCACCGGUCUGUGUGGCGUGGCUUGGUUCUCGACCCUAAAUACAGACAAACUAUGGCUUUCUGAUGACCAUUUGGAUGCUGCUUUCCAUAUGAUGAGGAGGAGGCAACACUUCUUCCCGGAGUUGUACCCACGUAAGUGUACUGUGAUGCCAUCUUGGUUUACCUCAUCGUUGAGGGGUCGGUGGGAUGCUUGGAAGAGCAAUACUGACCAUGAUGGUUUUGUUUGGGAUGAGUCCAUCUUGGAACUCCUUCGUGGGGAUCCAAACCAAUUUUUGCCUUCUUGGAAGGGUAUGGAGUGCAUAUACAUGUCCAUGUUCUUGAACAGACCGAAACAUUGGAUCGCUAUGGAGGUCAAUCUUGAGUUGUGGAAGAUAUUCCUCUUCGAUUCGAGUCUUGGAUCUCUAACGAAAGACGAACUGAAUUCGCUUAUGGAUGUGUGGUGCCCUUUACUAGCCAAAUUGGUGGACCAGUGUGGUGUAUGUGACACUCAUUACAUGGUGAUGGUCCCUCAAAUGACAGCCUCCGAAAGUCAGGUCAGACCCUUCGACUGGGAAAUGAUGGACAAUAAAGUUGUACCUCAGACAAAAUCGAGCGGCGAUUGUGGAAUGUACGUCAUAGAGCAUAUUGAGCAUAAGUUAUUGGAUCUACCAUUCGAUGGAGUACAUGAUCAGCAUAUGUCGCUCUUUCGCCAGAGAUGGGCAGUAGAUUUAUUCUACCAGAACUUGGCAUGAACUUUAGAUGUUUAAUUUUUUAUAUUUGUUGAACAAUGUUUACUUUUACACUUUUCAAUUUGAACAAACUACUUUCACUAAAAUUAUUUUAUUUUAUCAGUAGAACUUGUUUUUGGCUCA